AUGGAUCAACAGCAGAGUCAAUCCGGACCUCAAGGUCCUGGUGGGCGCAAGUUCCAUAUUGCUCAUCGGAGAAGUCCUUCUGAGCUUACCCCAUUGAUGAUGGAACAACUAGCCAUUCAGCAACAGAUUGAGUUGCUCCAGCAGCAGCAGCAACAGAUUGCUGCCACGCACCAGCAAUAUGUUAACAUGGGCUUGUUGCAGCCUCAACAACUGGGCCAAGUGCAAUCCUUCCAACCGGGUGCCUCCAUGGGUGGCGUUUCCCCACAGGUCAACGCAUUCCAGUUCCCCCAGCAGGGACAGCAACAGCUUGGAGUACCCAUGAAUCAACAAACUCAGCACUCGCACCGUCGUAACCAGUCCGCUCUUCCGGGCCUCCCCAUGGGUCCGCCACCUGCUCCAUCCUCCGGCGCGUCAGGAUAUGCCGAUUACAACCAGCAGGGUCAGAACAACAACCACAAAAAUGAGAACACCAACCACGGUCGUGGUCGUGGAGGUCCUCCCGGUGGUGGUCACCAGCGCCGUCACUCGCUUGCUCUCCCGGAAGCCAAGAAGGCCGCUGAGCUCGCUCAGCAGAAGCGAACGGCUUCUGGAUUCCAGUUCCCGGCUCCUGCCCCUGGUGCAAGCGGUGAUAACCAGUCAUCUUCAGAUGACAAGCCUGCAGCUAGCACUUCUCCGGCACCCCAGGGACUCGGCUUCCAGCGGGCUGGCAACAUUCGCGCUGGUGGUCAUGGUCGAAGCCAGUCGAUGGCCAUUGGUGGUAACCGUGGUUCCAUUUCCGGCCGCGGAGCGGGUGGUUUCCAAUUCCCCCAAGCCCCUGAGACCUCGUCCGGCCAGCCUGAUAACCAGCGGCGAGGAAGCCAACCCGGCCACGCUCGGUCGGGUUCGCGUAACUUCGAGGGCAACUGGCGCCAGCCGAACAACCAGAACCAGGGUCAGGAUCAGCAGAGACCCAUGGGCCAACAACAGGGUGGCUUCCAGCCUGGUCACCGCUCGCGCGGCUCGAUGAACCAGUCGAUGGGUUCUAUUGGACAGUUCCAGUAUCCUCCUCAGCAGCAGCCUCAGCUUAUUCAAUUGCCCCAGGGUCAAGUCAUGAUGGCACCUCAAAUGUUUGGUAACCAGCAACUCAACCCCCUCCAGUUGGCACAGCUCCAGGCCCUUCAGCAGCAGAACGGCCAGGGCAUGGGUCUCCAGGCCAGCCAGCACGCCCCGCCACAGAUGUCUGUCCAGCAACAGCAACAGCAACAGCAGCGGAAGACCCUUUUCACUCCUUACCUGCCUCAGGCAAACCUACCUGCACUCCUUAGCAAUGGACAAUUGGUCGCUGGUGUUUUGCGUGUCAACAAAAAGAACCGUUCGGACGCUUAUGUGACCACUGAUGACCUCGAUGCCGACAUCUUCAUCUGUGGUAGUAAAGACCGCAACCGUGCUCUUGAGGGCGACUUUGUCGCCAUUGAGCUGUUGGACGUCGACGAGGUGUGGUCCCAGAAGAAAGAAAAAGAGGAAAAGAAGAAGCGCAAGGACAUUACCGACGCUCGCUCCAACAGCAAUGCCGGAAAUGACAAGCUCGGUCGCGCCGAUUCCACUGGUGAUAGACAAGAAGUCGGCCCGGAUGGAAGCAUCCGUCGCCGUGGCAGUCUUCGCCAGCGUCCUACCCAGAAGAAGAAUGACGAUGUCGAAGUCGAAGGCCAGAGCCUUCUUCUGUGUGAGGAAGAUGAGAUCAGUGAUGAGCAAAAGCCUUUGUAUGCCGGUCAUGUUGUUGCCGUCAUUGAGCGUGUUGCGGGCCAGAUGUUCUCUGGUACUCUGGGCCUCUUGCGUCCCAGCAGCCAGGCCACAAAGGAGAAGCAGGAAGCCGAGCGGCAAGCCAGAGAUGGCGCCCACGGCCGUUCCCACCACGACCGUCACCAGGACAAGCCCAAGAUUGUUUGGUUCAAACCCACCGACAAGCGUGUUCCUCUCAUUGCUAUCCCGACCGAACAGGCGCCGCGGGACUUCGUUGAGAAGCACCAGGACUACGCCAACAGAAUCUUCGUUGCUUCCAUCAAGAGAUGGCCCAUCACCUCCCUCCACCCCUUCGGUACCCUCGUUGAGCAACUUGGUGAGAUGGGUGACCUGCGCGUUGAGACAGAUGCCCUGCUCCGUGACAACAACUUCGGAUCCGAUGACUUCUCGGAUGCCGUGUUGAAGAGCAUCGGCUGGGAAGACUGGUCUGUUUCCAGCGAGGGUGAUUCUCUGGCUUCACGCCGCGACUUCCGUGAAGAGACCAUCUUCACGAUUGAUCCCGUCGACAGCAAGGCCCUUGAGGAUGCAUUCCAUGUCAAGAAGCUUGCUGAUGGCAAGGUCGAGAUCGGUGUCCACGUUGCCGACAUUGCUCACUUUGUCAAGGGCAACUCCCUCGUUGACCGUGAGGCCAAGAAGCGCGGUACCGCUGUUUAUCUGGUUGACCGUAUCAUGAACAUGUUGCCUACACGUGUCUCCACUGAGCUCUGCUCUCUGGUCCCUGGAGAGGACCGCCUAACAGUCAGCGUUGUCUUCAAGGCCAACCCUACUACCGGAGUCGUCGAUGAGGAUGUCUGGAUUGGCAAGGGUGUCAUCAAGAGCGCUGGCCGACUUGACUAUGACCAAGUCAACGGAAUUGUCAAGGGCAAGUCCAAAGAGAGUGCCAGCGGUAUCUCCGCUGAUAACAUUCGUUUGUUGAAUGACACUGCCGGCAAAUUCCGUGAGGCUCGCUUCGGUAACCGGGUAUCGAACGUCCCUGUUCAGCGUUUGCUCCAGCAGCUCGAUGACGAGAACGUUCCCGUUGAAUAUAACAUUUUUGAAUCUACCGCUGCUCACGAACUUGUUGAGGAGCUUAGCCACCAGGCCAACUAUUUCGUUGCCCGAAAGCUCGCCAGCGCCAUGCCCGACAAGGCAUUCCUGCGCCGACAGUUCCCGCCCAACCCUCGUCGCCUGACUCUGUUCGUUGAGAGAAUGAACCGCCUCGGCUUUGAGAUGGACCCCAGCAGCAGUGGCAGCCUCCAGAGCUCUCUGUGCAAGGUGCAAGAUGUGGAUCUCCGCAAGGGUAUGGAAACUCUUCUUGCCAAGGCCAUGCAACGCGCCAAGUACUACGUUGGUGGUACUUCUGAUGAGCAGCGUCAGCAUUACAUGCUCAAUGUCCCAGUCUACACUCACUUCACUAACCCCUCUCGUCGCUACACGGACAUCCUCGUGCACCGUCAACUCGAGGCUGUCCUGUCCGAGGGUUCUGUGGAGUUCACUGACGAUAUUGAGUCUUUGAACAAGACCGCCGACCUUUGCAACAACAAGAAGGACUCGGCUCUCAACGCCCAGGAGCAGAGCGUUCAUAUUGAAGCCUGCCGCAACAUGGACCGCAAGAGUCGUGAAAUUGGCGGUGACCUCAUCAGCGAGGGUAUUGUUCUCUGUGUCUACGAGUCCGCCUUUGACGUUCUCAUUCCCGAGUACGGCUUUGAGAAGCGUGUGCACUGUGAUCAGCUGCCACUGAAGAAGGCCGAGUACCGCAAGGACACUCGUGUGCUUGAACUAUACUGGGAGAAGGGCGUUCCAUCGUCCGCCUACAUCCCCGAGGACGAGCGUCCCAAGCCUGGCAACUCUCGCGCUGCUCAGGCUGCGGCGGCAGCUCGGGAGGCCGAGGCCGCUCGGGAGCGUGCUAGAGAGCGCGAUGAGGCCAUGCGCAAACAGACUGAAACCGGCACCAUGUCUGCCGAUGAUGUCGAUGCCCUCUUCGACGACGAUGAAGAUGUGGACGAUGUCACCGAGAUGGCGGCCGGUGUGUCGCUCAACUCGGCUGACCGUUCCACUCAGAGCAUGCCACCAUCGCCCACCCGCAAUGGCCACCACCAGCAGGGACCUCACCGUACCCGCUCUGACCCCAAGAUUGCCUCCGGUGCCAACGAUGCGCCCGAGAACAAGUUGACCAACAAGGAGAAGUACUUGAGCCUGUUCAAGCUGAGAGAGGUGGAUGGAGACUUCAUCCAGGAUGUUACUGAGAUGACUCGUGUGCCCAUAAUCCUGAAGACUGACCUGAGCAAGAGUCCUCCAUGCCUCACUGUUCGCUCUGUGAACCCCUACGCCCUGUAG